UGUUCACGGAGCGAACAUAACCUUUUAGUCAAACAUUAUUCUUUACAGAUUUUAAUAUAAAUGUAAAUAUACAAUGGCUGAAACAGAAAUACUUAAUAAUGUCAUAUCCACAGUUGAAAAUAAUACUAAAAAGCCGGAAGAUUUUUUAAGCGUGCAGAACCAAGUUGCUGUGGAAUUUAAAAAUUCUACAAAACGUCUAUACGAUUUUACAAAAGAACAGUCACAAAGAAACACAAAUGCACUGCCAGAGCUAGUGACUGAUGGUUUCGACGAAGAGCAGAUCUGGCAGCAACUUGAAUUGCAAAACGAAAGUGAGCUCAUACACUUUUUAACCGGUGUCUCAAAGAUUUUAGUCGGGAAUAAGAAACUAACAAUUCCAAUUAGUACAAGCAAACCUGAAAUUGUACAAAGCAACGAAGAAAGUACAGAGAGGAAAGAAGAGAGCGUGUCCGAAGAUGAAAGGACAAAACAAAAAAGUACUUUGAAGAAGUAUAAGGAGAAUAUGAAGAAGCUUAGAACUAAAACGUCGGUCGUGGACGACAAAUUUUUCAAAUUACAAGAACUGGACGAAUAUCUGACAAAGGAGGACAAAAAGGAAACACAGAGCGAGAAGCACGAGCAAGGAUCGGACGACGAGUCGGUGGAUUUGUUUAACGAUUUCUCCGACGACGACAGGAAAACCGGGGAGGAAAAAUUAGUGAAAUACGCGGAUUUCUUCGAUAGUCCACAGAGCGAAGACGAAGCGACUAAUGCUCCCACGCAGCAUAAGAAUAUCGAUAAUAAUGAAACGAACGAAGAAAUGCUACGCGAUAGCGAUUCUGAUGAUGCAAUGGACACGGACAACGAAUCGGAAGAUCGCAAUUCUUCGAAGAAGAAGGUUACGUUCAAUCUCACGAACGAUUCCGACGAAACGGACAGUUUAGAGAAUAAGAUCACCAACACUAAAAACACAGAAAAAAGCCAGUCUUCCCUCGAAACUCGCCAGGAACGAUUACAUAGAAGAAUUAAAGAAUUAGAGGAAGAAGCACUGGCAGAGAAACCGUGGCAACUUAAGGGCGAAGUAAGCGCCACUAGCAGACCACAAAAUUCGUUGUUGCAAGAAUUCGUCGAAUUUGAUAUUACAACCAGACCUGCUCCUGUCAUCACUGAACAGACCACAUUUAAGUUAGAGGAUAUAAUUAAACGAAGAAUAAAGGAUAAAGCCUGGGACGACGUCGAGAAGAAAUAUAAACCGGUCGAAACUCCGCUAGAGUAUAAGAAGAAACUGAUUCUGGAUCAGGAGAAGAGCAAACAAAGUUUGUCUCAAAUUUAUGAGAACGAGUAUCUGAAACAAAAACAAGCAUUGAAUCCGGAUAACGACGAAAAGGAGGAAGAAGAACCGAAAUUGCAUGUAGAAAUUAAGGAAAUGAUGCAUGCUGUAUUCUCUAAAUUGGACGCAUUGUCCAACUUCCAUUACACUCCGAAACCGGCUAAUCCGGAGAUUAAGAUUAUUAGCAAUAUUCCUGCAAUUAAUAUGGAAGAAGUGGCUCCAGUAGGAACCAGCGACGCUACUUUGUUAGCGCCUGAAGAGGUUAAGGCGAAAUCGCGAGGCGAUCCUAUUGGCCAAUCAGAGAGAACGAAAACUGACAUGAAACGGGAACGAAGACGCAAGAAGAUGAGACAACGCGCGCGACAGGAAGUAAUGGAGAAGAAGGAGAAACUGCACGCGAUGAAGCCCGGAAUCGAAAAGAAAUAUAAGAAACAAAAGGCCGCGGAAUUAGCGAAGAAACUGAGCCACAGCCGAAACAUCAUAAAAAUGGACGAAACGACACAAAAGGUUUCGAAAUCGUCUACCGCGUUCUUCAAUCAAUUGCAGGACCAAGUGAAAAGCCACAUUAAAUCGAAGACCGGCACAGAGACGAAGAAGAAACAGAAAAAUGCUCUGUCCGCGGUGAAAUUGAAGUUGUAGAUUUUGUAUAAAAUUUUUUAAACGCAAAUUACUAUGUUGUACAGUUUCAUGUUUAAUUUUAUACAGUUAAAAUCCAACUACGUACAAUUUAUCGAAUGUAUUAUUUUUA